CAGAACGUUCCAUGUGAAAGAUGGCUGGGCAUUCAAUCUUGCUGGCUGCUGUCUCAGUCCUGUCGGCCUGUCAACAAAGUUAUUUUGCUUUGCAUGUAGGAAAGGCAAGAUUAAAAUACAAAGUCACACCCCCAGCAGUCUCUGGGUCACCAGAGUUUGAAAGGAUAUUUCGUGCACAACAAAACUGUGUGGAGUUUUACCCCAUCUUUCUGAUUACAUUGUGGAUGGCUGGAUGGUAUUUCAAUCAAGUUUUUGCUACUUGUCUGGGUCUGGUCUACAUUUAUGCCCGUCACCAGUAUUUCUGGGGCUAUUCAGAAGCAGCUAAAAAAAGGAUCACCGGUUUCCGACUGAGUCUGGGGACUCUGGCUUUGCUGACGGUCCUAGGCGCCCUGGGGAUUGCAAACAGCUUUCUGGAUGAAUACCUGGACCUCAAUGUUGCCAAGAAACUGAGACACUUCUGACGUUACCCCCUCCCUUUGCCCAAAUGCUUGCAGAAGCUAUUUCCACCCUGAAGGUCAUGUGGGGUCAAUUGAUCAAUUCUUAAAAA